AUGAGGAAGGACUAUACGCCUGCUUGUCCUAUUCCUGGGGUAGCAAACAAGGUCUCCAAGGGGAAUUUGCGCAACUUGGGAAUCGCCAUGGGCUUGGCGUAUCUCUGGAUCGACGCUCUUUGCAUACGACAAGGCGAAGAGAGCGAUAAAGUCAAGGAACUCCCUAAAAUGCAUCACUAUUACACCAAUGCCCAUUUUGUCAUCCAGUCGUCCGGUACAAAGUCAGUCGAUGAGGGCUUUUUGGGCAUUCCCAAGAUAUCAAGGGUCGCGGAGCGGCUCAUCAGCACCGAGGAUGUACCAAACGCAGAGGAUUCCUUUGCUAGUAGCAUGUCCCUUGCUGAGGAGAAUCUCAGCAACUCCCCGAACUUCACUUGCUGCAAAGUCCCAUACGUUUCCUCGAACAAUGACUCAGAUGAAAUACUCCUCUACGACCUUCCUGGGACCCCUCGUUAUGCAGCCGGCCUCGAACACGCUGCGUCGAGAGCUUGGAUACUUCAGGAGGAGCUCCUUUGUAGGAGAAUUCUGAUAUUCCCCUCCGUUGGCGGAGUGAUUUUUCGAUGCAUCGGAGACGAUCGUGAAUUGUCAGACGGAAAUGUCAUCUACGACCUCGGGAAGCACCGUCCUUUGGCGUUCCCAAAGAAGGCGCUCAUGAAUAAUGCUGAAGCUCGGGGCUUGGGUAUGGCCUUGCUCACAGACCACCUCCAGGCCAUGCUUGCAAGAGCAAGGACUCUGGCCGCGUCCGGGAAGAACAAUCCAUUAGUCCAGGUGGAGCCUACAUCGGCAACUCUCGUCUUCGACCACCCCAUCGGCCAUCCAAUAGAGGUUCCAGAAGCCGGCUUCGUUAUUGCACCACUCUACAGUGGCGAAGUUGAUGGCGGUCUCGGUUUCUCUACGCGAAGCGUGUCCUCCUACGCUGCUACAGUAAUUUCGCGGAAUCCAGCUGGCCCUGGGCUUCGAAGUCAGAGAAUCUUUACGGAACCCCCUCCUCAUGUGAUUCUAGCAGAUGGCGCAAAUCAAGCUUGGCUAAAGACCGUGGAUAACUACUGUCGUAGGAAACUCACAAAUCCCCAGGAUAAGUGGGUUGCCAUCGCAGCUCUCGCUAGGGAGUAUUCAGCGCGCUAUGGCAGCGGCCUAGGAAUAUAUAUUGCAGGGGUAUGGAAAAACUUUCUACCCCAGAGCCUGCUAUGGAAAGUGUUGGAUGACGCAGUCAAGCCGCGGCCCUCUGUUAAGCGGGGACCGUCCUGGUCAUGGGCAGCCGUCCAGGGUGCACAGUUCGCAUUCGAUGACGAGGAGGAUGUGCACAAUCUUGACUCGUCUUCCAUUGAGAUCCGGAUCCUUGGCGCUAAAAUCUCGAUAGAGACGGCUGGGAUGGAGUACGAAUCUAUCAAUGGCGGUUCUCUCAGAAUUAAAGGGAAGCUUUUGGAUUGCUCUCUAUCAAAAUCCUCACUUGGGUUUAAGUUAACCACCACGUCGACAAUGACACAGUCUUCCGAGUUAAACGGUGCUUACCCUGAUUGUAUGGAGUAUGCAACUGAGGAAGGUGGGCUUUCUUUUAUGCUUGUCCAAAGGAGCAACAGAGGGAUAGGAAAUCCCAAUGACCGUUUGGAGGGGCUCGUGUUGAGGAAGUUGGACAGCGGCGACUUUGUCCGGACAGCAUAUGCGGUGUGGCACUGUAAGAAAGAGGUUGUCGAGAAGGGACUGGUUUCGGAAUUCAAGGACGAUACUAUUACAAUCCAUUGA